AUGAAGAAAAGGCAAGUGGUGAUAAAACAGAGAAAAGGCUCUUACACGACGACUUCUUCUUCUAGCAACGUCCGUUACGUCGAGUGCCAAAAGAAUCACGCCGCUAAUAUCGGUGGUUACGCCGUUGACGGUUGCCGUGAGUUUAUGGCAAGCGGCGGCGAAGGAACUGAUGAUGCAUUGACGUGCGCUGCUUGUGGAUGUCACCGGAGUUUUCAUCGGAGGGAAGUUGAAACGGAGGUUGUUUGUGAGUAUUCUCCUCCGAGUUGA